GUAUUAAAAUCUUCAAGCACAUUAAACAUAAACUGUGAUAAAGCUGAAGUCCAGGGGCUGCAAUAUGCUAAAGUAUAUGUGUACAAGUAGCCAUCGUAACACUUCAUCUAUUAAGGUAGAUUUCAAUUUAUAAUAUGUCAUAUUUUACAAAAAUUGGGAAACUAAAUUUUAAAAACUUACUUUUCAAAGUAUACAAGGAGUUCAAGAAUUAAAAAAAAAAAACUACUUAAAAUACUACUUUAAGGGCAACGCUGCAGCCUCGGGUCAAAAUGCGAGUAGGCCUGCAGUUGCACCAUCAAGCCGGUGGCUGCAGGGUAUUCGAAAAUGGUACUACAAUGCUGCAGGGUUCAAUAAACUGGGGUUAAUGAGAAAUGAUACAAUAUAUGAGAAUGAUGAUGUGAAAGAGGCCAUAAGGCUUCCUGAGAACCUUUAUAAUGACAGGAUGUUUCGCAUUAAGAGAGCACUGGACCUGACCAUGAGGCAUCAGAUCUUGCCUAAAGAGCAGUGGACAAAAUAUGAGGAGGAUAAAUUCUACCUUGAACCAUAUCUGAAAGAAGUUAUUCGGGAAAGAAAAGAGAGAGAAUGGGCAAAGAAAUAAUGAUGGAGUUGAAAUCUGUGGUUGCAGCUGCCCUCAAAUAUCUUUAAGAAGUUGAAUAAACCUGAAAUGUACAAUUUAGAACUAUCUGAGCUGCAAAUGUAUUACUUUAAAUAAAUGUCUAUGGUGAUUAAAAAAAAAAAA